GGUUGUAGUCCGUAGCGGAGAAGUACGCCCAAGCAGGAAGUGCUGUGAAGAGCCGAUAGCUAACAUCUACUGAAAACAUACACAAUCGUGAACGCUCAACGAAUGCCGGUAGCAAGUAAAAAAAGCAAUCAGAUAACAUCAGCUUGCCGCACCUUGAUAGUCGAUGUGCGAAUCAUAUCACCGAUCAACUGUUUAUAUCGUUGCUUGCACUGACAGCUGUCAGAGAAAUGGAACAUAUCCGAACGCCAAAGGUGGAGCAGGUGCGUCUGUUGGACCGUUUCAGUAACAAGUCGACCAGCGGGACGCUGCACCUGACGGCUACACACCUCAUCUUCGUGGAGAGCAAUGCCGACGGCGCCCAGGAGAUCUGGAUCCUGCACCACCACAUCGGGUCAGUGGAGAAGCUGUCGUUGACCACCAGCGGUUGUCCCCUGGUCAUCCAGUGUCGUAACUUCAGAGUGGUCCACUUUGUGGUCCAGAGAGAGAGAGACUGUCACGACAUCUACAGCUCACUGCUCAGACUGCUACGACCAGUAUCCUAUGAGGAGCUCUAUGCGUUCUCCUACAACCCCAAGCAGAACGAGCAGCAGAGAGAGGAGGGCUGGCAGCUCAUUGACCUGGGGGCAGAGUUUGAGAGGAUGGGCGUCCCCUGCGACCAAUGGCAGCUCACUGAUGUCAACAGGAACUACAAGAUCUGUGAGACGUAUCCCAGGGACCUGUAUGUGCCCAUCACAGCCAGUAAGCCCAUCAUCGUCGGCAGCUCCAAGUUCAGGAGCAAAGGACGCUUCCCUGUCCUCACAUACUUCUACCAGGAGAAGAAGGCAGCGGUGUGUCGGUGCAGCCAGCCUCUCUCUGGGUUUAGCGCGCGAUGCCUGGAGGAUGAGAGCAUGCUGCAGGCCAUCAGCAAAGCCAAUCACAACAGCCGAUUUGUCUACGUCAUGGAUACCAGGCCCAAGUUGAAUGCCAUGGCCAACAGAGCAGCUGGUAAAGGCUAUGAGAAUGAAGAUAACUACUCCAACAUCCGCUUUCAGUUUGUGGGGAUUGAGAACAUCCACGUGAUGAGGACCAGCCUACAGAAACUACUGGAAGUGGUGGGAACUCGUUCUCUGUCAGUGAAUGACUACCUGCUGGGCUUGGAGAGCUCUGGUUGGCUACGACACGUCAAAGCUGUGGUAGACGCAGCCAUCUUCCUCACCAAGGCAGUAACAGUAGAAGGAGCCAGUGUGUUGGUCCACUGUUCAGACGGCUGGGAUCGGACAGCCCAGGUCUGCUCUCUGGGAGCUCUGCUCAUGGACCCCUUCUACCGCACCAUCAAAGGCUUCAUGGUCCUCAUAGAGAAAGACUGGAUCUCAUUUGGACACAAGUUUGCAGACAGAUGUGAUCAGUUGGAUGGUGACCCCAAGGAGGUGUCCCCCGUCUUCACACAGUUCCUGGAGUGUGUGUGGCAGCUCACAGAACAGUUCCCCCAGGCGUUUGAGUUCAAUGAGUGGCUGCUGCUGCAGAUCCAUGAACAUGUUCACUCCUGUCAGUACGGGAACUUCCUGGCCAACAACCAGAGACGGAGAGAAGAGCUGCAACUCAAAGACAGGACUCACUCUCUGUGGGCGUUUCUGUUGAGUGAGGGGCAGAACUACCUAAACCCCGCCUACUGCCACACCUACGCAGACUCACACCCUGUCCUAGAACCCUCCACCCUGCCCUGCCACCUCAAGUUCUGGAGGAAUAUGUACCACCAGUUUGAUCGUUCCAUGCACCGUCAGUCUGUCCUGAAAAACGUUCUCACCCUGAAAGAGAGCAACCGCCAACUGGAAGACACAAUCAUGAAACUGGAGGCUAGACUACAGAAGCAUGGCAUCAGCCCCCCACCCCAGACCCCCAGGCCCCCUAAAGACCAACGCACCCUCCUUAACCACACACGGCCCCACUCCCUCAUCCUGGGAGCCCCCCUCAGCCUUAAGGAGGCGCAGCAUCAGGAGGAGGUGGGGGAGGAGGCAAAAAAAUGCUGCAGUGACACAGAGCGGACAGUAGAGGGAAGCAGCGGCUCAGAGCGCAAGGAGAGCUACGGAGACUUGCAGGGGACAUACGGGGCUAAUGUGGAGCCCGCUGUGGUCAGCCUGGAGUUUGGAGUAGCCCGCAUGACAUGCUGAGGGGAGGGGAGGGGAGAUUGGACUGGAAUGGAGGGAGAG